AUGCAGAAUUCCCUACUCCUAUCUUCGGUUCGUAUGAGGCGUGAAACCUUGAUAGGGGUCUUUGUUGAAAGCACAGGAGGAAGGCACACUGGACAUCUGUAUAAUUUGCUAGGAUCAACGUAUGGUGAGCCGUCCAACUAUCUGGGGUCCAAUGCCAGUGGAGGGCCUAAAUGUCUCAAGGGAGGCACCUUUCCCGCGACCAUGCCGAUACUAGAAAUGGAAACAUCGAGCUGGGAUGUUGGGGAGGAAGCAGAUGUGAUUACCUGGCUUCCACAGUUUAAUCCAGCGAACACGGGUUGGCCGAUGCGGAAUAUGAUCUACGAGUUCACCGAAAGAUCAGACACCCCACGCCGGGCUUCCCCCAUUUCCAUGUCUUGA